UGGCUACAGUGUAACUUAUCUGACAGUGUACAUAGAACAAGGAGUCAGAACACCUCAAUGCCGAAUCAGGAUGAACACCAGGACAUACCUCAUACUAAUCUACUAUCUCCUAGGAGCUGGCCUGUUUUUACCUUUGCAGAUUUCAUCUUCAGUUGACACCUCUGUCGGAGGAAGUAACAUUGAAGAUGAAGAGGACAUGUUUAGUGUCAUCGCUAAACAUAACAAAGGCAAUAAGAAGCUGAUGACUCAAGGGGAUAUUGCUGUGCGUUUAAGUCGCAGUGCUCUUGGUUGUCCUUCGAAGUCUUGCUUCUGGCCUAAAUCCGUCAUGGGGAUUGUUAACAUUCCAUACACACUAUCAUCUGACUACGCACCUGCGGAUACUAUGGUUAUAUUGUCUGCAAUGCAAGAAUAUGCAACUUUGACCUGUGUACACUUCACAGAACGAAAAACAGAGGUAGACUAUGUCCAGAUUCGAUCUGUUGAUGGAUGCUGGUCCUAUCUGGGCAGGAUCGGAGGUCCUCAGGAUCUGUCCUUGCUGAAGUCCAGCUGUGUAUUGAAGGGUAUAGUGCAACAUGAGCUGAACCAUGUGCUAGGCUUUGUCCACGAACACACAAGAAGUGACCGCGACAGCUACGUGGACAUCGUUUGGGCAAACAUUGCAAAUGGUUAUGCGAGCAACUUUGAGUCAGAACGAGACACCAACAACCUGUUUUCACCGUAUGAUUAUACAUCUGUAAUGCACUAUGGCCGAUACGCUUUUAGCAAUGGUCAGGGUCAACCCACCAUCAAUCCAAAACCUGAUGCCACUGUACCUAUUGGACAGAGAUAUGGACUGAGUAGCUUGGACCUCCUGAAGAUAAACCGUCUCUAUGAGUGUGAUAUCUGCAGUUUUUUGCUUACUGAGCCUUCUGGAUCCCUGAGCUCUGCGAAUAUGGACACAGUUUCAUUGAAUAAAUCAGUCUGCGUUUGGCUUAUCCGUGCGCCUGCAACAAAGAUUUAUUUGCAAUUUAGAACCCUUCACACGGUUUCUGGAUCCUCUGGCUACAUGAAAGUUUAUGAUGGAGUCAGCAAGACAUACCCUGUGCUGCUAAGCAGAGCGUUUCAGGGGGGAGUAGACCUCCCUCCGCUGGUGACCUCUGGGAACUUGAUGUUGCUUGAGUUCUCAAGAAUUGGAUCUUCAUCUUUCACAGCCUCGUACUCUACAGUUACCUGUGGGGAAACGGCAACAUCUGUUAAUGGAAUCCUGUCAUCCCCUGGAUACCCCAUAAGGUAUCCGGCGUCCACAGACUGCACCUGGACUAUUGUGGCUGCUGUUGGCUACAGGAUUUUACUGGAGUUUACUUUCUUUUCACUGGAGACAUCGCGAAACUGUGUUUAUGACUACUUGGCCAUCUAUGAUGGGUCUUCAUCUGGACCGGAGAAAGUCUGCGGUGCCAAAAAGAUUUCCGCGCUAGUCUCCACGGGGAGUUGGCUAAUGCUGCAGUUCCACAGUGACAAAACAGUGCAGUGUGUUGGGCUUCAGGCAAAGUUCAGUUGGGUUUCAUCACCGUGAAUCAGGAGGCAGCAGUCAGACUGUAUGAAAGAUUCUGAAUAUGAGCACUGAACAAACGCUGAAUGGUAAAUAAAAUGGCAUGAGUCAC